UUUUUUUAGUUAAAAAAUGUCAAAAGUCAAAACAUUUCGAUUUUCCAAAAUAAAAUUCCACUAGAUAGUUUUUCGAUUUUUUUUUUAAAUAUUCAUGUAAAUACAUAAAUGUAUAUGAAAAAAUGGAUAUUACAACGAGCCUUAUUGUUAUAGCUUUUAUAUAUGGCAUCUUUUUAUUUUUGGAUAACUUUUUCAAGUCUUGUGCUCAUUAUCCCUAUAUAAAAUUCUUGGAAGGAACGGGAUUUAAAAUACAAUUUCUGACAAUAAAAUGGCAAACAAAGGCCUUUAAUCGGACUAUAAUACGUUGGGGAAACAGUCGACUUAGUUUUUUCAACAUUUGGUUUAAUCUAGGACUUUAUGCUAGUUUAAUACUUGUACCCAUAGCAGUUAUAAUGUUAUUGUACAGCGUGUUUCAAAACUUCAUUACUAAGAAACAACAACAUAUUUUACUUGAACCUGUAAUUCCUGGUUUAAAUUUGCCAGCUUCUGAGCUUGGGUACUACAGUGGUACUCUUAUUGUAGCCAGUAUAGUACAUGAAUUGGGGCAUGCAUUAGCAGCAGUGCUAGAUGAUGUUAAUCUUAUUGAAGUUGGGGCUAACAUAUUUUUUAUACUCCCUGUAGCCUAUGUUAAUCUAUCUACAGAGAAAUUAUUUAAUUUAGAAGGCAAGAAAACACUAAGAAUAAUGUGUGCUGGUAUUUGGCAUAAUAUAGUACUGUCUGUAAUUGGAAUAAUGUUAUAUUGUUUACUUCCUGUAAUUUUCAGUAUGAUCUUUCAUGUUAAUAGAGGCAUAACUAUCACACAAAUUGCCAAAAAUUCCCCAAUUUUGGGACCUAGAGGCCUUGUUAGUGGAGAUACAGUUUUUAGAAUAAAUGAUUGUGAAGUGUCUGAUGAAAAUAGCUGGUACACUUGUUUAAAUCAAGUAAAAGAUCAUCAAACAGGAUUUUGUAUUGACCCGAAAUUAGUCCAUAGUUUAGAUGAAAGUAUUCCUUUGAAAUAUUCUGUAAAUGGUAAUCUAGAUUGUUGUGAUGGUACAAAAUCGGAAAACAUUUGCUUUGAGUACUUAGACAGCAAUGAUGAUGGCAUCUUAGAAUUACCAAGUCAUGUUUGUUUGCCUGGUAGAAAAGUGGUAGAAGAAUCUCCAACCAUUUGCACACAAUCGCCUCACAUUUGCCCAAAUAAUAGGUAUUGUUUUAGACCAAUAUUGAGCAAUUUUACAUACUUAAUAAAAUUGUCUUGUAAGGAUAAGUUAGUAGUCUAUUUAGGGUAUCCAAUUGAUAUUUCCAGGUCAAUUGAGGUGUCGUCUUAUAUCCCUAAUUUGGUUUUUAAAACUACAGAUGUUCCAGAUAUUAUGACAAAAUUUAUCAAAUAUUUAACUAUCAUAUCUUUUGGUCUAGCACUUGUAAAUGUAAUGCCACUCAGUUAUAUGGAUGGGCAAUACAUUAUGGAAAUAAUAGUUUAUAUGUUAUUAAGAGAAAAGUUAGGAAAUAAAAAAUGUAAAUUAAUUGUAGCUACUAUUACAACAUUUUUUACAUUGAUAUUAAUUUUACAUUGUUUAUAUUUUUUUUAUAAUAAUUUUCCUACUUAGAUAUAGAUGGAUUUAUAAGAUGUUUGUAAUAU